AUGAUUAAUCCUAUUUUUAUAGGGUCUAAGACUUCAGAGAAUCCCCAGGAGUUUGUGGAUGAUGUGCAUAAGAUUUUUGUGGCUAUGGAGGACACCGAUACUGAGAAAAUAGAUCUGGUUUCCUAUCAGCUCAACGAUGUUGCACAGACUUGGUUCAAGAUGUGGCAGGAGAGCCAAGCUUUGAGCGGAGUUACGAAAGGAUUAGAUGAGCUGGUUCCUCACAGGAAUCAACGAAGGCGUGGAGGAAGAGUGUCGAGGAGUACAACAAUUAGAGGAGGUAGACCUAUGCCCAAGAAGGGAAAUGGAGAGUGGUCAUAUGGUAGAGAAUGCCCACAUAAAUUAGGUCAGGCUGGAGGUAAUGCUCGGCCUAGGCCUAAUCCACAGGGUGCAACAACAGCCGAACCUCCUAGGAGAUACAUGUUCUAUGCCCUAAAGGGCAGGGAAGAGCAAGAGAAGUCUGUUAAUGUGGUCAUAGGUAUACUGAAAGUAUUCUCAACUUCUGGUUAUGCUUUACAUGAUCCAUGGUGUACGCUAUCCUAUGUAAAUCCUUUGCUUGCUCUCACUUUUGAAAUAUUGCCUUACGUUCUGCAUGAUCAAAUAGUGGUUAGUACACCUUUAGGAGAAGAUUUAAGAAUGGAUAGAGUAUACAAGGAAUGCUAA